UUUCCUAAGGCUGUUGUUGGUAACAGUUAACCUACGAAGAGGCACAGGGAAAAUCAGAUAUGGCUUUGGUGGAAUAUGAAACUGCAUGUAGAGUCUAAAUCCUUAAAGUACUUAUUUUUUCUUAAAUGACUGGUUGACAAGCAGUGCUUUUGGUGGCAGUAUUGACUUGACCUGGCCUGCCUCUUCCUUGUUCCAGCUGUACCAGCACAAUGGUUUGUGGAAUUGUGUCCCGUAGCUUGAGGAAAUGAUCCAGGUUAAAAUUAACUGCCUUGGUUUUGUCUUUUUGUUUUUUCUUUUUAAUGUGGUUAUAUUUAACCUAUAUAAUUUAUCUGGCUAACAGGUGUGUCGGGAGGCAAGAGGAUUGUUUAAGCAAAUACCCUAGUGAAAGAAGUACUUGAGAAAUACACCUCGACUGUGGUAGUCCUGGCAAAAAGACUGUGCCAAAGACUUUAACUCAGAUGACAUCACGUUUGGACUACUAAUGUUACCCACCCACUCUACAAGGCACAAUGUAUUUCUAGAUAAUUUAACAAAUGUAGAGAGAAGCCCAUUCUUUCAUUUGCAAAAUCUUCUGGAAGUUUAUUUGGAUGUUGUAUACUGAACAUCAGUGAAACCAGAAUUUGUUUUCUUCUGAAGAGGAUACAUCUAACUCCGCAUUGAUCUUUAGAUUUCGAAGCAGAUUUCGCCCCUAAACCUCAUACUUUAACAAGUCCCAAAGUGUAAAAGGCAAGCGUACAAAUGUCUACCACAAGACUAAAGUGUGAUAUGUUAUGUUUUUUACCAUAAGCACCCAUAAAAUGAGCUCCAUUGCAGACAGAAAUGAUGGAAGCAUUUUUGAUGGGCUGGUGGAAGAAGAUGACAAAGAUAAAGCAAAAAGGGUGUCUAGAAACAAGUCCGAAAAGAAGCGUCGAGAUCAGUUUAAUGUACUUAUCAAAGAGUUGGGUUCCAUGCUUCCAGGUAAUGCUCGGAAGAUGGAUAAAUCCACUGUGCUGCAGAAGAGCAUUGACUUUUUACGGAAGCACAAAGAAAUUACUGCACAAUCAGAUGCCAGUGAAAUUCGACAGGACUGGAAACCGACAUUCCUUAGUAAUGAAGAGUUCACACAGUUAAUGUUAGAGGCUCUUGAUGGUUUUUUUUUAGCAAUUAUGACAGAUGGAAAUAUAAUAUAUGUGUCUGAAAGUAUAACUCCCUUACUUGAACAUUUGCCAUCUGAUCUUGUGGAUCAGAGUGUAUUUAAUUUUAUCCCAGAGGGGGAACAUUCAGAAAUUUAUAAAAUAUUGUCUUCUCAUCUGCUGGAAAGUGAUUCCUUGACACCUGAAUACUUAAAAUCAAAAAAUCAGCUAGAAUUCUGUUGCCAUAUGCUACGAGGAACAAUAGAUCCAAAAGAGCAACCUACGUAUGAAUACGUAAAAUUUAUAGGAAAUUUCAAGUGUUUGAAUCACGUUCCCAACUCAGCGCACAAUGGUUUUGAAGGAACUAUUCAGAGAUCACACCGGCCUUCAUAUGAAGAGAAAGUUUGCUUUGUAGCCACAGUUAGAUUAGCUACACCUCAGUUUAUCAAGGAAAUGUGCACUGUGGAAGAACCCAAUGAAGAGUUCACAUCUAGACACAGCUUAGAAUGGAAGUUCCUAUUCUUGGAUCACAGGGCACCUCCGAUAAUAGGUUAUCUUCCAUUUGAAGUUUUGGGAACAUCAGGCUAUGAUUAUUAUCAUGUGGAUGAUCUAGAUAAUCUGGCAAAAUGUCACGAGCAUUUAAUGCAAUAUGGGAAAGGGAAGUCAUGUUACUACAGAUUCCUUACAAAGGGACAACAGUGGAUUUGGCUGCAAACUCAUUACUAUAUCACGUAUCACCAGUGGAAUUCCAGGCCAGAGUUUAUUGUCUGUACGCACACUGUUGUAAGUUAUGCAGAAGUUAGAGCAGAAAGACGACGAGAACUUGGUAUUGAGGAAUCUCUUCCAGAGAUAACAGCAGAUAAAAGUCAGGAUUCUGGGUCUGACAAUCACAUAAACACAGUGAGUCUCAAAGAAGCACUGGAAAGGUUUGAUACCAGUCCCACACCUUCUGCUUCCUCCAGGAGUUCAAGAAAAUCUUCACAUACUGCAGUAUCGGAUCAUUCAUCAACACCAACUAAAAUGACAGUGGACACUAGCACUCCUCCAAGGCAAAGCUUAUCAGGUCAUGAAAAGACUGCACAAAGAAGAUCAUCUCUGAGCAGUCAGUCUUUAAGCUCACAGUCUCUUGGACAACCAGUAACACAGCCAGCAAUAUCUCAACCUGCAGCUCUACAGCUCCAGUCUGGAAUGACACAGCCUGUGUUUCAGUUUUCAGCUCAAUUAGGAGCUAUGCAACAUCUAAAGGACCAGCUAGAGCAAAGAACACGCAUGAUAGAGGCCAAUAUUCAUCGGCAGCAGGAAGAGUUGCGUAAGAUUCAAGAGCAGCUUCAAAUUGUUCAUGGUCAAGGACUCCAGAUGUUCUUGCAGCAGUCAUCUUCUGGACUCAACUUUGGUUCUGUGCAGCUUCCUUCUGGAAAUUCUUCAACCGUUCAGCAGCUCCCGCCAAUAAAUAUGCAAGGUCAAGUUGUUCAGACUAAUCAGACUCAAAGUGGGAUGAAUACAGGCCACAUAAGUACUCCACACAUGAUACAGCAGCAGCCUUUGCAGAGUACUGCAACACAGCAUAAUCAACAAAAUGUACUUAGUGGACAUAAUCAACAGUCUUCUCUUGCCAGUCAGUCACAGAACACAGUCUCGGCACCUUUGUACAACACUAUGGUGAUUUCUCAGCCAACAGCAGGAAAUGUGGUGCAGGUUCCCUCUAGUUUACCACAGAACAACAACCAGAAUGCUGCUGCAGUAACCACUUUUACACAGGACAGACAAAUCAGAUUUUCCCAAGGUCAGCAGCUUGUAACAAAACUUGUCACGGCCCCGGUAGCGUGUGGAGCGGUAAUGGUACCAAGUACUAUGUUUAUGGGACAGGUGGUGACAGCUUAUCCCACUUUUGCUGCUCAACAGCAGCAGACACAGACUUUGUCAAUAACACAGCAACAACAGCAACAGCAGCAGCAGCAGCAGCAGCAAAGUCAGCAGGACCAUCAGCAGCAGCUCACCACAGUGCAACAACCAGCUCAGUCACAGCUGACCCAGCACCCCCAGCAGUUCCUACAGACAUCCAGGUUACUUCAUGGAAAUCAGUCGGCUCAGCUUAUUCUCUCUGCUGCUUUCCCACUACAACAAAGCACUUUCACUCAGUCCCACCACCAGCAGCAUCAGUCUCAGCAGCAGCAGCAGCUGUCACGACACAGAACUGACAAGAUGACUGAUCCUUCCAAAGUUCAGCCACAGUAGUGUGGGUGCUGCCUCUUUUUGAAGCAAACUGCCAGCAGGGGCUGCCCCACAAACAGUUGCACUGAAGCUACAGAGGUAACAGUACGAAGGCUUUUAGCACCAUGGUGUUGAGAUCUGCUUCUAACUUCUGGAAUUUGUUAAGAAAAGCCACAAGAUGAUGAUGGGGACAUGGCCAACUUUGAGAGUUGCCCCAGUUUCUGUGUUUUAAAGGAUUUGCUGCCAUGUUGUAAUUUGUCCAGGUUAAAUCUCCAAAUGUGACUGAAAUGAGAGUGAUGCUGAAAAUAUUGGUAUUUUUAUCAAUCCUGUACAUUUUUAAAGUAUUAAAACGGACAUGGAGCAAUUGUUUUGAAUUAGCAGGAAAAAAUGCCAGAAAUAUAGUCCAAAAACCAUCUAAUUUUUUUUCAGAUGAUUACAGGACAGUAAAUAUUUUGAAAAUGUUGUGUGAAAUCCAGUUCUCUGUUGUACAGAUGCUGUAAAAUAUUGUGUAUAUGUCUGCAUAAAAGGAGAAAGAGCAAAAUAUUUUAUAUGAUGCAUGAAAAUGUAAUCUGUUAUUUGUAGGUUUGAAUAUGUUUCCCUAAAUUCUCACGCCAUACUCAGACUAAUGUUUUCCUCUGUUCUACCCUUUUGUUUACAACAUGAUGCAUCAUUAUUUUCACCCUUAAUGUGGGCACAAGUCUCUUGUUUGUGCUUUGUCCGUGAUGUCAGGGUUUGUUCGGUGAGGUAUAGUGUGUUGGUUAGUUGACUGCUUGAAGUUAAAUUAUUGAUGAAGCUGUUUGAACUGGUGAUCAUGCAUCAGGGUUCAGGACAUUCAGAUUCAUAAAUAUCAUUCAUCAUUUCAUAAUUAAUUCAUCAUUUUAUUUGAAAAAUAGGAAUUUGCACUGCUUUCUUGCGGAUGGUUUGGAAUUUUAUUCCCCAAAGCUAUCUUUUGAUAUAGUUCAUAGUUGGAAAUAUUUAUGUAAAAGGUUUAAAAAAAAUGACAGUAAUUUUCAAGAAUGUUUCAGUUAUAGGAGUAAUUUGCACAAAAAUAUAUUUACAUUUAAUAACCUUUUGGGCACUUUUUAACCACUUUCUCUGUGGUGAGAAUUGUAACUUGUUAAACCAUGUUGGAAUCUUUUUAUUCUCCUUCAAAAAUUAGUCAGAACUAAUUCAGGGUCAUUUUAACAACAACAACAAAACCCAUAGUGCCUUGAUUUUAAUUCAGGUGAUAAUGUUGAACAUCUUGAAUUACAAUGUCUUGAAUCUGUAACCAUUUUCAAUUUUGAAGUCUUAGCACAUUGUCAACCAAACUUGUGUAUCUACUUCAUAGAUAUUUCUGUAUUGUGUUAAUUUUGACAGUGGUCUGAAUUGAGACCAUGAGUAUUUUUGACUGGUACUCCCCCUCAGACAGUAUCCAGAAAUACAGGAGUCUGAAAAAUCUCAGAUCUUUAAAGUAAUAGUCUUCAACAACAAAAAAAAAGAAAAAAAAAAA